GCGCAGAAUUCCAAGCCCAGUUGUCCAAUAUGAAGCUCUCCAUCCAAAUUGCUCUUAAUAUUCUCUCUCUUUGGGCUUUGAGAGAGAUAACCGUUGACCCAGAGAUCUAGGGUUUCAAUUUCUCUCUUUUCAAUCCAUUCAACAAAUUACAGAAACCCAAUUCGAUCUAUUAUCGUCUAAUUAGAAUUCGAAGGAUUCAAGAUCAUCAUUUCUGUAAGUUUGCAUUUACUUAUAUUAUUCUAUAUAUAAGUAUGUAUUGAUCGUAUCAUAUAUCGCUCAUAUAUAAUUCUUUAUAUAUGAACUACAAUGGAUAGUAAUUAUUCAGCUCUGCCUAAGAAUUCUUUUGUGGAAUUACAAGUGCAAGACAACGAUUUUGGAUCUCGAAACCCUAGAUCUUCUCAUAAAGAGAGCUCUUCCAAAUUGCUAUCUAUUGAUGAUGAACAGGGUUUUAUCAAACCACAUAACGUAGAUGAUUUAGAUCAUCUCGAUGAUGAUAUUGAUUUAGAUAAUCUACCGCUUAUUGUUCCUGGUGGCAAGGAUGGUUCUGGGAUUUAUGGGGCUGUCUUUAACCUUACCACUUCGAUUAUUGGGGCUGGCAUUAUGGCCUUACCUGCCACGAUGAAAGUUUUAGGUUUGAUUUUAGGGGUUAUUUUGAUAGUUUUAAUGGGUAUUUUGUCAGAGAUCAGUGUUGAAUUGCUUGUCCGGUUUUCUGUUCAAUGUAAGGCGUCUUCGUAUGGGGAGGUUGUUCAAUCUGCAUUGGGUCGAACUGCUAGGAUUUUGUCGGAAAUUUCAAUAAUUGUGAACAAUGCGGGUGUUUUGGUGGUUUAUUUAAUUAUUAUGGGCGAUGUCAUGUCGGGUUCACUCCAUCAUGUUGGUGUUUUCGAUCAAUGGUUGGGAAAUGGCAUGUGGGAUCAUAGGAAGUUGUUGAUUUUGGUUGUUUUGAUUGUUUUUCUUGCACCACUUUGUGCUUUGGAUAAGAUUGAUUCAUUGAGCUUGACUUCUGCUGCUUCAGUAGCUCUUGCUGUUGUUUUUGUUGUGGUUGCUUGUGUUAUAGCAUUAAUUAAGCUCAUUGAAGGGAAACUUGAGGCUCCUAGGUUGACCCCAGAUUUUGGGUCAAAGAAGGCAAUUUUAGAUCUGCUUGUGGUGAUUCCGAUAAUGUCGAAUGCUUAUGUUUGCCACUUUAAUGUUCAACCUAUUUAUAACGAGCUUGAAGGACGCUCACCUCAGAAGAUGAACCGGGUGGGAAGAAUCACAACUAUUCUUUGCAUUGUGAUAUAUGCUUCGACUGCUAUAUCUUGUUAUCUACUAUUUGGAAAGGAUACUGAAGCUGACGUGCUAACUAACUUUGAUAAGAACCUCGGAAUUGAUUACAGCACAGCCUUAAACUAUAUUGUCCGUGUUGGCUAUAUUCUUCAUUUGGUUCUUGUUUUUCCUGUUGUCCAUUUUUCCCUGAGGCAAACAGUAGAUGCCCUAAUUUUUGAGGGAUCACCUCCUCUAUCAGAGAGUAGAAAGAGGUGUUUGGCCUUAACUGCGGUUCUGUUAGGACUUAUAUAUUUUGGCUCUACUAUGAUUCCCAACAUUUGGACAGCUUUCAAGUUUACGGGGGCAACGACGGCAGUCUCAUUGGGUUUUACAUUCCCAGCUCUUAUUGCAUUACGGUUAAGCAAGCAAGGGAAAGGUCUGAGCUGUGGAGAGAAGUUUUUGUCUUGGGUGAUGUUGAUAAUGGCAAUCAUAGUUAGCAUCGUUGGGACGAUUGGCAACGUCUACAGUAUGAAAAGCCAAUCUUAGUAACCUUCUUUCCUGUUCAAGGCUUACUUUUGGAAGAUAUCAGUUUGAUGAAGUUAUACAGAAUGUUAUUUAUGGGAGGACUUUUCAAUUCAUAUGUUGCUGUGCUACCUGGGUGAUUUUGUCAACUGAAAGAUCAUUGGGUACAAAGUAGACCGUUGAUACUGGAGUGAAGUUUUUUUACUAGUAAUCAACUUGGGGUGAUUAUGUUAGGAAGUGAAGAUAAGGCUGCGACUUGGACAAAAAUUUGAGGGGUUUGUUCCUUCUGGAUACAAUCCCUCUCUCUCUCAUUUAUCUUCCACAAGUUUGUGAUGGAUUGACAGAUUGAUUGAAGAAUGCAAAAAGCAAUGCACUGCCGCGAGGUUCCAUUAAGUGUACGUUGUUUUAAUGAAUUCAUUUUUAUAGUUCAUGCUGUAGUUUCUUUUUGCCCAAGAUUUCUCUUCAUUUUCACUUAUCAAAAAAAAAAAAAAAAAAAAAAAAAUUGUUUUCCUUUUCCCCAAUUUUUUAGAACAGGGGUUACUUAAACUGUAUGAUACAUCAGUUACUUUGGUAAUAAAAUGAUUUAUGGUAUCUUUAUUCGAUA